AUGUUGAGGGAUAGGGUGUUGGGGUUGGUGGGUGUGCAAGCGGAGGCUGUAAAUUGGAUGGUGCAGAGGGAGGCGUAUUUUGGGGAUGUGGCGGCGGGGGGACAGGGUGGGUAUGUGGGUGGGAUGGUACGUGGGAGAUGGGAUGGUGAUGGAUGUGGUGAUUUUGAGGGGUGUGGUAAUGUGUGGAGAUUGAGUGAGUGCGGUGGUGGAAUGUACGCGCUCGCAAGGAGAUCAUUGCGAAAGUAG